CAGUUGGUAGCUCUGACUACGAAAAUUUUCCACAGAGCACAAAAUAGGAAAUGAUUUCCGUUCAUCUGUCUUUCGUUCUCAAUCACUAGACCAGUAAAGAAGAGUUGCUCCAGCAAUUCUUUCCUAACUUCAACAGAAAAUGAGAGCUAAGUGGCGUAAGAAGCGUAUGCGUAGGUUGAAGCGUAAACGCAGGAAGAUGCGUGCAAGGUCUAAAUAAACACGGCGAUCUAUCAAUUGAUAAAUGAAUUCCAUUCAAUCCCGAUGUACAAAAAACAAAUUUGCUUCUAGUGUUCUUUUGAAAUAGAAUUAAAGUUACCUUGCAAAAGAUAUUUUUUAAUAAAAAUUUGAAAGAAUCUUGAAGUGAAAAAAUUGAGAAAAAAAAUCAUUUGUGUGUAUUUUAUUUUUUAUUGAUUUUUUGUGCUGCUGUAGGGCGUAGCCCAAUGGUGUUCUUUUCUAAUUGUGAAUUUGCUUGUAGUAUCCUCAUUUUCAUGGGAAUUGUGUUUUUUUUCUUGCUGAGAAAAGGAAGUUGUAUUAUACCGGUAUUGCAAAUGGGGACAAAAGCCACCAAGCAACGAAAACCACGUUUUCACAUAUUUCUUUCGUCAAUGUGGUAUGGCAAGCUUUUUUUUGGCAGGAAGUGACGAUGUCGUCCAUUUUGAAAUGUGCUUUUGUGGUGAGCUUUUCAUUCAUUUCUCUCUUGCCGGUAAAAUAUUUGUUUGUGGUUAUUUUAAGAAUUUUGGUAAAUGAAAAGAUAAAGAUUAUUUAAAGAAAAUGUUUAAAAAAUUUGUUAAGAAGUGAAUUAUAUCAACUUAGUGAAGAGAAAAGAAGCACGUCAUUUAGAAGUCACAUGCAUUAAUAAAUAGCAAAUUUCAGUUGACUACAGUGCGAAAAAAGCUGCAAAUAAUUGCAAACUUUUGAUCUCAGACAACAAAUAGGUUGGUGUAAAAUCUCUUUUAUGAUAUGAACUGAACCAAAUAUACAAAAUUUAAUAAAACAAGUAGACGAACGAUGACCCCCGAGCCCCCAGCAAAACAUGACCCUCUACACGCUGUAAAAUCAUACGAUCUCGAAUCUCAACUCAAACAAAUUGCUGGCGGUGCAACUUCUUCCAUUGUGACCCGUUUCAUAGUACAACCCUUUGAAGUACUUAAAAUACGAUUUCAACUUCAAGUCGAACCUGUACAUCAUAAACAUGGUCAUCAUAGUUCCAAAUACAAAUCCUUUCUACAAGCAUGUCGACUAAUUCACAAAGAAGAAGGACUCACAGCCUUUUGGAAGGGUCACAAUGCCGGUCAAUUACUAAGUAUAGUCUAUGGAGUGUCACAAUUUUGGUCCUACGAACAGCUGGAACUACAAUUUAGUCAAACACCUUUGCUACAAGACCGACCGAACUUCAAUCGAUUCAUUAGUGGAGCUACCUCAGGGGCAAUUGCAACUAUGGUCUCGAUGCCAUUCGAUGUUGUUCGCACAAGAUUAGUGGUUCAAGACACUGGAAGUGGGUACAGAAAUGCCACAGCAGCCAUUCCACACAUUCUACGCAAAGAAGGCGUUCGGGGUUUAUAUCGUGGCCUGGGAACGUCAUUGAUACAAAUUGUACCUCUGGUGGGUGCGAAUUUUGCAUUCUAUGGAAUUUUUAACGAUGUUGCUGCGAAUUUCAUGCACAUCGAAGAUCAUAAGCUCCUGCCGACAUGGCUUAUCCUGCUGUCGGGUGGUGUGACGGGAGCCUUUUCCAAAAUGGCUGUGUAUCCUUUAGAUUUUAUCAAACGACGAUUACAGGUACAGGGAUUCCAUGAGCAUCGAAAAACAUUUGGCCGUAAUGUCACCUACGAUGGCAUAUUCAGUUGUAUACGGUUGACGUUGUUGGAAGAGGGUUUGCUUGGGUUUUAUAAAGGCAUGGGACCAACCCUUAUUAAAGCGGGUGUUUCGACCGCACUGUACUUUGGUGUGUAUGAGAAAAUGAAACAAAUCAUGUGAGUGAGGUGAGGAGAAGAGAAGAGUUGUGUUAAAUAAAAACCUCCCCCCGGACUUUGGGGAAAUGUCAAA